AUGUUGGGAGUGCGGCAGUACUGGCACAUAACAUGUGUUGCCCCAAUCAUUCGGCAAUUUGUAACGAGCCUGCCGCAGCCAGCCUUGGCACCACACCAAACACUAGCAGUGGGCAGCCAACCUCUCAUCGGCACUUCGCUGCAAGUUCUGCAACAGAGAAACAGGCAGCUGAGAGCCACGCUUGCAGCAAUUCCUUGGCCACCAUUGGUGUCAUUCAGGCUGCGCGAAAAAACGUACACCUUGCCUCUGACCUCGUCCGGGCAAAUGCGAGACGGAAUGGACGCACCCAGUCUCCAGAAGCUGGAAUACCUGGCAGGCUUCUUCGAUGGCGAUGGAUCCGUCAGCAAUAGAUGUUCCCUGCACGUUGGGCAAUCUGUUGAUGGAGUCGCUGUCUUGCUGCUCAUGCAAGGAGCCUUCGGUGGAAGUAUCAUCCGAUGCACUAAUGGGAAAGGUCUUCAAAAGCCAACACUAGUUUGGCAGCGGUUCGGAAACAGUGCUCGUUGUACAGCAGGCCUGUUGGCACCACACAGCAUCGUGAAAAGAAGGCAGCUAGAGCUUACUGCAGAGGGACUCCCAGUGCCUGCUGACAAAGGCGAUUGGUCUCUCAAGCUCGACGUUUUGAAGCGCAGUGACUCAAGCGUGGUCGGGGCGUGCACUUGGGCCUAUGUUGCUGGCUUCUUUGAUGCAGAUGGCCACAUUAAACAACAGAAGGCCAUGGCAUCACUCGUACUGGUAUUUACGCAGAAACAUCCAACUGUUCUGGUGUGUUUGCAGAAUUUUCUUGCGAGACAGCUGGGAGUCAAGUCGCACAUAUCUUGCGUUCAAAAUCGGUGGCAUCAGCUGACGAUCACGAAAACAUCAAGCUGCAAAGCCGUCCUGCAAAAGAUGAUGGCUUCAGGGCUGCUCCGUAAGGCUGCUCAGGCACAUCUGGCAGUCAAACUCACGAAACAGAAUGCAGCUCAAGUUCGUGAUGCAAUGGCAGCCAUGGUGGGCAACCAAGGCUUUUUAAGAAGGUUCGACAGUGCCGGUUGUCAACGGGCCUCAGCCAUUUCCGCUGCCCAGCUAAGAGCCAAGAAGGCCGCGGAGAAGGGAGACACUUCUCUGGCCGAAUCAUUACAUGCGGACGUUGAACGGCAGAAGCAUGAACAUGCAUUGUUAAAUGCAGUGACCAUGAACAAACAGCUGCUCACUUACAUUAGCAAGAUUCGCGGCAUGUACCACGAGCCUAUCGCCUACAAACUGUGA